GUAACAAUAUUAUACACGUAAUAAAAUAUAUAUACGUAUAUAUUAUAGUCGUAAUAUUUUUAUUUUUUUUUUUAUUUUUUUACCGUUCCCCCCACGCCGGACGAUUGCGCCGCCGCCGCAUCAGUAUCUUUACGGACGCUCUGCCCGAUAGCGAAGAGGCUCUCCCGUACGCGUCGUUGUUCCGUCGCGUGUAACAGGUGGACAGUGUUCGGUUCACCGGGUCCCCGGCGCGUUUCGAUGUGCCCGACGUAAACGCGUACGCGUAUCCAGUCGAAUUCCGUUUUUCGCCGUUUACCCGCGCGCGGCACACUCGUUUCGGUGUGAUAUUGUUAUCGUCGCAUAUUUUUUUUUUUUAAAUUUUCUUGUUUUCUCGCUGUCCGACCGAACCCGCGCGAUUUCGACGAUUCGAAACCGACAAUCGUUUGUAUACCUACCUACACCGUCGGCGUGUACCCUAUAAUACCGCGACCAACGACAACACCGGCGGGACACCGCCGUUUUCGUGUUGCACGUAAUCGUAUUCAAAUAAUAAUAAUAAUAAUAAUAAAAAAAAAACAAACUAAUUUUUUUUCUAAAUUUACACACACAUAUUAUACAUUUAUGUUUUACGCGUUAUUGUUAUGUUCUUGAAUCGGAUUACCGAUCAGUCCAAAACUGGAGGGUAGCCGCAUAGAUAAAGGUGAGUGUUGUUUAUUAUUAAGUAAUAUGUUUAAUAAUAUUGUGACGUAGGUGCGUACCUAUGUGCGCGUAGAUUUAUGAAAUCCAAUAAAUAUGAAGGUUUAGAUAUGCGAAAGAUAAGCAACAAGUGUACAGGCAUACUAAAGUCGACCUGUACCUGUAUCGUAUAAUAUAAUUAAUAUCCGAGGGAAUAAACCGUUUCCCGCAGCAGUUAUCCGUCGUGCAUAUUAUCAAAGCCAUUAUUUCCAUUCAAGAAGAAUGGGGUGACUAAUAACUACAAUGUUCGGAAUAUAUUUUUACCUAGGCGGGUAUACGUUAUACGUUUUGUAUACAUACUUAUACACUGUUCCUAUACGUACCUAUACCUAUAAUCAUUGCCAGUACAAAAAAAAAAAAAAAAAAAAAGGAAAAAAAACCUACAAUCGCGAUCAUGAAAUUACACGAUGUCUAGAUAUAGUUCUCGUUAAAUAUUAUUACAUGGAAUUUUUCAACGUGCGCAUAAAAUCAGUAUAGAUAUAGUAGAUAGUACGUGAUUUGGUCGCAAAUUACUUGCAAACCAGUAUUCUGAGUUGUGAAACUUACGCAUUUUAUUAUACUUAUAGACGGUAUGUAUCUCAAUAAUACGUAACGUAUACUUAUGUACCUACCUAUGUAUGUGUAACGAUUUUUAUAUUUACAUGUUUUUCAUCAUUAUGUACGAUUAACAAUUUGUUUAUCAUAAUUUAAAUUGUGCGUUUGAACUGUCAAUUAUGUUUAAUAUGUAAGACGUAUCGAUUCUACGGAACGCUGUAUUAUACACUAUACAUACCUAGGUAUAAUAUCAUAAUUUUACCGCUAUUUUCAUACAAUAUUUCGUACGUUUGGGGGCUUAUAAAAUAUUCAAUUUUCGACUCACUAAUAUUUGUUCAGAACAAUGCUCUUUUGUUAGGAACCUACAAGAGUCCAAUGCCAACUGCAAUAAGCAGACGGUGUUCGUUUAUAUUUAAUAUUCUCGACUGUUGUCGCUAACAUUCGUCAGCGAUGAAUAUUGAACAGCCUCUAAGCGUACCUAUCUAGCUGUGUAUAUAUGUAUACACUAUACUCGUACAGUACCUACCAACAUGGUUUAUGAUUAUUCACACCAUAAAUCUCUGAAACACUCUGGACGCGUGUUUAGGGUUCACAAAACCCUUUAGAACACAUUAUACAACUAUCGUGAUGAGUAAUCACAAUAGAAGUAAAACCCUUUUCCUUGGACGGUGUCGUUUUUACAAGAGCCUAUAUAUUAUAAGACAUGACUUAGGCGAUAUAAAUAUAUAUAUAUAUAUAUAUAUGUAUGUGUACCUAUUUUUCGUGUUGAGCACUUUACAAAAAAAAAAAACCAUUUGUUCCAUUGUUAAAAGAUAUAGUCACCUACAACUAUUCUGUUAAAAAGGUAGGUAUUUAUAAUGUGUAUGUUUUUACACAAAUAUUUGUUUGUAUUGAAUUGUAUUGUGUUAAAUAACAAUAGUAAUUAGGUGGAUACAUAACUUAAGUGCUGCUACAAUAUUAUUUUUACAUAAUACAGAUAGGUUGCUAGUUAAAUGUUAAAUAAAAUUUAACAAUAUUUUACUUAUAUUAUAAUUUAUUGUUUCCCUAGAUGAGAAUAUUGAUUAUUCCAUAAAAGAUUCAACACUAUAAGAACGAAACAUUAGGACUCAUGUGAAAAAUAAUAAGCACACAUCAUAAUUAUUAUGUUACUGGUUAAUACUCGUAUUAAGGACGGACAAAAAAACAUUUUUGAUUUAUAAGUUUUCAUUUUUGGUUAUUUUUAAUUUUUGCUCUCUGCCAUAACAUUGGACUCCGUAUAUAUCCGUAAAUCAUAUUUUUGAUUAUAUAUCAUUAGGUAUUUUCGUAAAUAAUUUCAAUUGUAUGAACUGACAUAAUAAUUAAAAAGACAAGUGACAAAAAACAAAACAAAAAUAAAUGCCAUGGAUAUAUUGUAAGGCAUAAAAUUAUAUUUAACAAGAGAAAUAUUGUAUACAUUAAAAUAAUGUAUAGGUUAACCAUAAUUAUGGUUAUAUAUUUAUGUAUUAUAGUUAUUUUAAUUUUAAUAAUGGUGACAUAUGAUUAUUUUAGAAUACGUAAAUCUAUAUAAUAAACUUGUAUUGUUAGCAUAGGUUUAAAUAUAUAUGUAUAUAAUGUGUAGUACAGUGAACAGGGUUUUAAUGGAUAUAUUUUAUGUUUUAUUUAACGAAUCAAUAAUAUUAUGAACCUUGAAAAUAUUUAAUUAUGUGUGUGUAUUAAAAAAAAGCUGUCCUAGGAUAAUAAGGACGGGUGUAGGCACUGUUGGAAAGUUGAGAAGGUAGAACAUAGAAGGGAUACAAAAAGGAAUUUAAUAUAAAUAUAUAUAUAUAUAUAUGUAAGCAACGAUAAACAAUUGCUAACGAGCGAGAGGAGUUAAGUUGAUAGUGAUGCUUUGUCAACAAUGUGACAUAAUAUUGUCAUAUUGUGGUAAAAUAAUUAAAUAGGCAUUAAAUAUUUUCUUUAAUAUUAUUUGUUUAAUAUUGAUCUGAUUUUUCCGUUUUUUUCGGUUUUUCACAUUUGUUGAGAAAACUCCUGGGAUAAUUAAAAUAUUACCUCCUUAAAGUACCUCCCCAGUUAAAUUUCCUUUCAGAAAAAGUACUAUCAUUGUAAAUCGAAGUUAAAUUUCUUGUAGAAAAGUUGUUCACAAAUAAAAAAAAAUUGAAAAAUAAAAUAAACAUCAUUAGCAUUAAACAAUUAGCUUUUUUGCUCUAAUCAGAGUCUAAAAGAACAUAUGUAUUUAUAUUUAGCUAUAUUAUGCCAAAUGCCAUUACUUUUUUUCUGAAAUUCAUAAACGCUAAAUUAUUACGUAUAACUGGACAAAUAAUCCUUAUAAUAUUAUAGGUAUAUCCCGCUUGAUGUCUGUAUACUGUAGAGAAUAUAGAUAUAAUCUGUUAAUAUUGUUGUUAACAUGAUAUUUAACGAGAUACCUACGUUUUUUUUUUUUUAAAUCGUACAGCCUGUCGUCAUGUAGUCAAAUCGUAUCUGCAUAAUAUGAUAUUUACGAAAUUUUUUUUUUCAAGUAAACAAAAUUUAUUACGGCAUUAAUAUUUGUUAAAAAUAAAAAUCAAUUUUAACGGUACUACACAUACCCACGUACAAAAAAUAGGUACCUACUUAUAAUAAUAACAAGAAUAUUAUCAAAUAUUAUAACGUGUGUAGACUUUCUCCUUUCGUUUGAUUAUUAUUAUUUUUUUAAAGAAAAAAAAUUCGUUAUAAUCUUGUAGAUAAUAUAUAUAUUAUAUAUUGGCACCUACCUGUAUAAUAUAAAUACGUAAAACAUCCAUACCCCAAAAAAGUAAAACGCCUUCACAACUGCUUUGCAACAACUAUAAUACUGCUGCUAUUCUAGUUAUUUAUAGCUUUCGAAAUUCUGACAAUUUUUUUUUUUUUUAAUUACGUUCCCAUAACAUUGUAUAUUAUUAUUAUUGUUGUUCUUUGCGAAUUGCUGCAGUCUCAAACUCUCGAUAACACAUUGUGUGCAACCUAACCGUUGCAUAAUUGCAAAGCCUCAACAAAUGUAUAUAGGUAUAUAUUAUAUUAUAGAGGUACAAGUUUUCCAUGGGAUUGUAAUUAUUACAUAGCUAUAUUAUUAUAAUAUAGACGGUUGGCACGAUGAGAGUAUCACUAUUAUAUAUAGCUAUAUACGCAGAUGUUGUAUACCUCCCUACAGACCGGCAAUUAACAUUUUUUUUUUUUUUUUAAAUAUAUUUUAAAAGUUGCGUGACCGUCGAUCAUAAUAAUAAUAUUAUAAAAAGAGAAUGUUCGUAUUAAAAUAAUAUAUAUUAUACUGGUCCAUCGGACAAAAAUGACGUUUAGUAUUAUUAUAAUAAUUUGUAUAGGUCUCCACCCGAAAACCUAAUGCAGAGCGCAUAGAUUUUUGUUUGACAUUACGUGCCGUGGUGGCGUGCUGACUGGGUUUUUGAGGAGCCACGACUGCAUGGAAUUUUGGUAGGUGAGUAAGACGAAACGAAUACCCGUAAUUUUCAAUAGUAAUGCAAUAUUUUGUACUUGAAGAAUAAUCGAUUAUUACUAAGAGUUCGAUUGAGUUCGUUGAAAACGUAAUUUUAGUUCAUAAUAAUAAUAGUCGUAGGUAGGUACCUAUAAAAAUUAGAUAUAGAUUUCGUUAGGUUUCGGUAGAUGUAUUCGAAUAAAAUGAGCUGGGCGUUGUUGGUAUAUCAAAAUCACGGUAAACAUAAUUUAACACGCCAUUAUAAUACUAUCUUAUUCAAUUUUGUUUGUAUAAUAUAUCUUAAUGUAUAAUCCAUAUCUUUGGUACCCAAGGAAAAAGGGCUUAAAUCAAUUUUUUUGGCAUUUUUAGGUUAUUAUAAUUUGGUUUUGUGCAAUAUUUUUAUUUUUACUUUUUGGUCUAAAUUGCAUAAGUGUAUGUAUUUUCAAAAUUUAAUUUGCUUGCAUUGAAAACUUUACAUAAUUAACUUACACCCUUGUUUUCCCCGGACCAACGAUAUAACUUACAAAAUAAUAUGCAUUUUAAGUCUACGACUAUGUAAUUAUAAUAAUAUUCAACCCUGACGGACUUGCGGAAUGUAAAGUUUAUUCUAAACGUUUAUGAUGUUAUAAAAAAAAUACGGACAUAAUAUUUUGCACGUAAGUGCAGCCACUGUUUUAGGUGGAAAGUUAGGAAGGUAGGAUACAGAAGGGAAUUUAAUGUAUAUCUAUACGCAAUGAUUAACCAUUGCUAAUGAAAAAAUGAUUCUGAGCGGAGUUUGGUUGAUAGUGAUGCUUUGUCAAGAAUAUAUAUUAUUAAUAUAUUAUGGUUAAAUAAUUAAAUAGGCAUUAUAUAUUUUCUUUAAUAAUAUUUGUUUAAUAUUGUACCGAUUUUUCCUUUUCUUCUACGGUUUUCUCGGUUUUCCCAUGUUUAUUCCCGAUUUUUCUUAUGUGCUGGGACUACUCUUAUCGAAAAAGUACCCCCUUAAAGUUUCUUUCCAGUCCUAUUUCCUUUCAGUAAAGGUGUUACACUUAAAAUUCGGAGCAAGAUUUCUGGUAGAAAAGUUGCGCAUAGAUAAAACAAAAAAAAUAAACAUCUGUAAAAUUAUAAGCUUCUUCGUUCCACUCAGAAUUUAAAAAAAUAAAACAACAUUUAACUCAAAUAUUAUUGUUUGUUUUUUUUUUUUAAUUUUUAUUAGCUGGUAUAUAUUUUCCGCGAAUAUAAAAUUAUAACUUUUUCUAGGUCACAAUAAGUUCAUUAUAAUAUAGGUAACUAAUUAAAUAUAAUUUUAAAAUUAAAACCUUGGAAUGCCACGGGUUUCAUAAGACACUGCGGUAUAAUAAAUAUGGUACGGUAUAAUAAAAUACAUUAUUACGGUUCUUAUACGUUCAACAUACAUAUUAAAUACUAAAAAAUACACAGAAGUAUACUAGCUAGUAUAUGAAAACCAAAUACAUUGAAUUGCGUACAAAUGUUUAUAAUAAACAGCACGAAAUCGAAGUUUAUUAUUUUGUACAACAACAUAUAAUAUGUUUUCCCGACUUUUUUCCAAUCAGUGGCGUAUUUAAGGGUAAGAUUAAGGAGAUAUGAUUUUCUCAUUUUAAAGGAAACCUAUCCUGAAUCACUAUAAUAUAAAGGAGGUUAAAUACUUAGAUUACCUAAAUAGUAUAUAAACUAAUAAUAAUUACUAACACCGAGUUAUUUGAUUUUAAUGAUCAUUUUAUGAUAGAUUGAAUAAUCAAUAAACCACUUACAAAUACAUAAAUUCAAGAUAUUGAUAUUGAAAUUUUUAUUUUGGCCUAUAGAUUAGAUUAAUACGAUGACAUUUUCAAAUGUAAUAUCUCCUUCUUAGACAAAAUUCUAAAUCUACCGCUAUUUUCCUAACGAUAAAAUUUUAUUUCGUUAAAACGCACUUAAAUUUUGAUAAUGGGGACGGGUACAGCCACUGUUAUAGGUAAUAAGUUGGGAAGGUAGUAGAGGGAAAAUUUAAUGUAUAUUUAUACGCAACGAAAAAACGAUUCUGAGCGGAGUUUGGUUGAUAGUGUUGCUUUGUAAACAAUAUAUAUGUUAUAUUAUGGUAAAAUGAUUGUACAUAUAUGUAUUAUAUAUUUUCUUCAAUAUUUGUAUUUAUUUGCCCGUUUAUCCUAUGUUUUCCCGAUUUUUCAAAUUUAUUGGGGAAACUCUUGAGAAAAUCAAAAAAUGACCUCUUUAAAAUACCUCCCCAGCUCGAUUUCCUUUCAGAAUAAGUGCUGUCAUUGUUAAUGGGAUCAAAAUUGCCGGUAAAAAAGUUGUUUACCGAAAAAAAAAAAUAAACAUUGUUGUAAAACCAAUGCAUUCCUCGCUUCACUUAAAAUCUAAAAUAGUGAGUUAUUGAAACUAGGCAUAUAGUUUCAAAAUUAUUUUUUUUUAUCGGUUAAAGCUAUUAUUAUUAAAUUAAUAUGAAUUAUAAUAUUAUGUAUAGUCACGGUGUGAAUGAAACAUGCAAAAAUUGUGUACACACGCUGUUACGCUCGCAAUUCUUUGUUGCAAUAAGUAGACGAAUAUUAUAUUUUGAACUGUGCAUACAUUUUAUACACGAGUACGUAAAUUAAAGUUGAUUAUUCUCCAGGAGAAAUUAUCGGAUUCGUGUAUAAUUAUAAUAGUUAAUUGCGUGUAUUAUAACGAAUGCAUUUAAUUAUUUAGAGGGCGUUACACACGCAUUUGUUGUUUCCACCUUAUAGUAAAAUUAUGGUUACGCAGACUAUACAGAAGACAGAACUCAUUUAGUGUUGGUUUUAGAUUAAAUGUACUUAUUAUGAAAUUGAUAGAGAAUAAUAUUCCGGGGGGCAUAACGUUGCGGUUUUUUAAAAAAAACAGUUUUCUUUUUUAAGUUUUAGGAAAUUGAAAAACCAUUGAAAAAGUCGUUAUUUAUAAAUGGCGAAUUGACUAGUAUAUUCGGAAAAUAUGGAAAAAAUGCAAUGUAUUGCCCUCCGGAAUAUUGUUUUCUUUUGAUUUUAUAAUAGGUGUUUUUAAUUUAAAAUCAAAAUUAAAUGAGUUCUGUGUAGUCUGCGUAAGCAUGUUUUAAUUAUAUUGUGUGUAAGAGGGAAACAACAAGUGCAUGUGUACCGUCAACAAAUUAAUGUAUCUAUUAUUAGACGUUCAGUAAAUAUUUCGUUCCGCAAAAAUCGAAAGAAUAAAGUUAGAAAAUUCAAUCUUAUAUAAGUACCUACAAGUUUACACUAAUGAUUUAAAUUGGAUGUUUGAAAAAUCACAUACAAUAGAGAGAUUAUCACUACGAGAAUUUGUGCCCUAUAAUUAUUUAUUAGCGCUGACGUGCGGAUAUAUAGCUGCGAAAAAAUACCCAGGCUCUCGAUCGUAUAUUUUAAUGGUCUGGAUAAUGAUGUAUUCCUAGGUACAUUUUUUUCUUUUUAAAUAAAUCCGAUCCCAUAUAGUACCGAUUGGCACACAAGAGAAAGGUGCUUGACGGUAUCGCAGGCGCGCGUAUAGAUGUUUUGAUGAAUUUCACUUCUAGACAAGCGCUGUAAUGCGAUUUAUCAUAAUAUCGGACGUGUGUAAUCAAACUACAAUAAAAGUGUAUUUGUGUGCACCUAUAUGCGUGUGUAUGCAUGUGUGUUUGUGUGUGUGUGUGUGUUUAAUGGAAAAAUAAAAAUACGAUCGUAAAGUGGGGAAAAAAAUAAAUAUGCCUCGGGCAAAUUGAAUGAGAGAGAGACAGUGGCGGCGGCGGCAGCGGUCGCUAAGGUAUUUGCUCACCUUGAAACCACUAUAGAAUAACCAAUUCUUACUCUGCUUCCACACCUUCUUCUGCUUUUCGUGAACAUACAGUAUAAUAUAUAUAUAUAUAUAUAUAUAAUUAUAUAUGUAUAUAAUCGUUAAAUAACAGUUAAACAGACCUUGUUUUGAUCAAACAUAUUUUAUAUAUAUAUAUAUAUAUCUACUACGAGUACUACACUUCGGUAUAUACUACUGCAGGUGGCUGACCGGACGGUUGGCACACCUGUAACACGAAUUAUAUUUUUUUUUAUUGUUCUUUAUGAAGAAAUGUUUAUAUAUAUAUAUAUAUAUACACAUAUAAAUAAACAUAGUUCCGGAAGUCGAGGGGUUACAUGUACAAUAGACAAUUAGACGUCUGGCGGUUUUUCUCAAGCCGUUGAGAAUCCGUAAUCACCCCACCGUCGUCGUUUGAAACAUGGUAUUCAGUUUUUUUCACAUACAGGUGUUUUUUUGCGUUGAAUCCUUAAAAAAUUAAAACUAGUUACCUAUUUGUGUUCAUAGAAGUGGCUAUGUAGAGAUAUAAAAAUGUUAUAUAAUUUUUUUUUUCUAACACAAUGCGUCAAACGUAUAAAUACGUUCUAUUUUAAAUGAUCCUACUAAUGUUAUUAUAAAUGUGAAAGUUUGUGAGGAUGUAUAUAUGUUUGUUAUUUUUUUAUGCCAAAAAUAAUGAACGGAUUAAGCUGAAACUUUACAUAGACGUAGUUCUAGACCAGGGAAUAACAUAUAGGCUACUUUUGUUGCGAAAAUAAAAUUUGAAGUAGAUGAAAUAGAGGAUGAAAGGUUUUUAGGUAUUUUUGGUAUGGAAAUUAAAUUAUUUUUUUGAAUUAUGGAUUACUAUAGUAACAUGGAUGAAAUGAAAAAAAAAAUUCAAAACAAAAAUUAAAUAAUAAAUAGAAAUACAAAUGCCAUUACAACUAUAACAACUGAAAAUAAAGAUUCUAUAUGAUCAUCUACCGGUCUAUUAUUGGCUUGAAAUAGGAUGGGUUACCUUGGUAACAUGGAUGAAAACCUAACCUAAUCUAACACGAAUGAAAAAAUGCAAGACACACUAGAACACUUUUAGUCUGCGGACUAUCCACUUUUCACCUAUUUCAGACUGGACUCUAUUUUAGAGUGGAGCGAAGAAUGUAUUGGUUUUACAAAGAUUUAUUUUUUUAUGUGAACACUUUUUUUACUAGAAAGCUUACUCUGAUGUAUACGAUAUAGCACAUUUUCUGAAAGGACAUUUUUUUGUACUUUAAGAAGUUAACUUUUUGGUUUUCCUGGAAGUUUUCCCAAUGAAAGGGAAAGCGUGUGAAAAAACGGGGAAAUGUAUGAAAUAUAUUAGUAAAAUAUUACGAUUUUUUUUUCUUAUGAACAACUUUUCCUGCAAUUUUGCUCCGAUUUACAAUGAUAGUACUUUUUUUGAAAUGAAAUCGGACUAGAGAACUAACUUUUUGAUUUUCCUAGGAGUUUUCUCAUCAAAUGUGAAAAACACGGAAAAAACGGAAAAAUCCCUACAACAUUAAGCAAAUAUUAUUGAAGAUAAUAUAUACUAUCUAUUUCAUUAUUUUACUAUAAUGUAUUAAUAUGACAUAUAUAUUUUUGGCAUAACAUCACUAUCAACUGAACUCCGCUCAGAAUCGUAUUUUUAGUAAGCAAUGGUUUAUCGUUGCUUACAGAUACAAAUUAAUUUCCCCUCUAUAUCCUACCUUCCCAACUUCUCACCAACAACAGUGGCUAUACCCGUCCCCAUAACUCUAGGACACCUCUUUUUAGUUCAGUAUACUAAUACUGACAAAGCAAAACGGAAAUAAAGGUAAAAAUAAUAAAAAAUUAGUACGGUCAAUACCGGGCGUCAGACAGUUAUAUAUAUAAUAAUAGAAUAUUCAAAAAAUGUUUUCGUUAUUAGAAUACAUCAAUUUUUAAAUUUUAUACCUAUUUUAAUAACGUUAUACGAGUUUAAAAUUGCAUAAAAUAUUAGAUUCUCGUACUCUAGUACUAGAAGAUCUAUGAAUAGUAAUACUAUAUAUGACAUUAUAGUGUAAUGGAUUACGAUCAGACAAAAAAAAAAAAUAGGAUGUACAUAGUACUUAUAUAUAUAUAUAUAUGUAUAUAGUGUGUAUUCUACAAAGAAAAAAGAAGUGUAACGUUUCGAUGUUUUAUCUGAUCAAUGAGGCAUAUCUAAUUUAUUGUGCCGUCCUGAUGUACCUACAUUAUAUAUUUUGGAUUGUACGUGAUCGUGGGGUAUAUUUGUAUAAAGCCGUUUUAAUGAUACGUUUUACGUGGUACCUACCUAUAUAUACAAUAUAUGUAUAUAUAUAUAUGCAUUGUUGUAUGCGAUCAACAUCGUUCAUCGAUUAUUAUUCUUGUCAAUCACAUCGCUGAAAUAAAUCAUCAAAUAUUUAUAUUCGUAUUACCUAUAUUUUACAUCGAAUAAAUCUCACGAAAAUGGCUCGUUGAAUUUUCAAUUUGAAGAAUUCAAAAUAUAUUAAUUUUAACAUGUAUAGUUAGGUAUCUAUAAUAUACCUUCCUACCUGUAUUUAUAUGGGUACUAGGUAGGCACUAUACAAUUGCGGUUACCGUAUAGAUAGAUAGUAUCAUUAAAUUCAAUUCAAUGUUGUUACGAGUUUAUGACCGUUAACAUUUUUCAGUCGUAUAUCGAAAAACACAAUAAUAGUUACACGUCACAGUAGGUAUAAUAUUCAACAGGUGUGCGUCAUGUGUUUCAGACAAGAAAGCUCUACACGCAGCCCUCCUCCGGAUUCAUGGUCGCCUGAAUUCCCUGCGUAUAGUACCGUGUGGAACUAAUGAACUUCCGCUAAAAAUCCUUACGUUCUUUCCGACAAAUCCGUUAUGCACCGUUUCAUUUACACAUAGGUAUACGUUUACCGUAUACAUUUGAGGUUUAUUUUUUAUUUUUCCCAUUGACCGCAGUAUUCGUGAUUUUCGUUAAACGUUUAUAAGAGUUAGGCAAUAUCUUUAAGAGACAAAAUAAUAGUCUUAUUGAAAGAAAAAAAUAAUAAGAAAAAAAUACCGUCAUAAUUAAUGACAAUUUUUUUUUUUAAUGAUUACUAUUUACGAGUAUAAUAAUAAUAAUAAUAAUAAUAAUAUAAAAUCGGGUGUUUUUUUGUUAAGACCGAGCCUAUUUACAACAAAUGUCAAAACUGAUAGAUUUAUGGACACCGGCCAGUAGGUACUAUCGUAAUAUAGUAUAAUAUAUUAUAGUCUUUGAUUUUAUAAUUUGUUUUCCUUUUGAUUUCUUCGGUCAUAUACAAUAUAUGGUUUUUUUUUUUUUUUUUUGUAUAAAACGCGAUGGGUAUUAUACACAAAUAAUAUAGGGAUUAUAUCACGAAUAUUGUAUAAUAAAUGUACGAAAAGUGGGAUUGUAUGGGGUUCGCGCAAUUCGGCAAACCUAUAUAAAAUAAUAGUAUUCUUAACGGAUGUACACAAUUAAAUCGGUCUCGCAACGGUGAUAAUAAGAUACAUAUAAUACGCUAUUCAAUUUUGUAUACACCCGCGGCACGGGCCACUUAUUCCGUUGUAUUUUAUUAGAACCCGUGGCCUGUGACAUAAGAUAAUAUCCCAUAUGCUACACAUUACGCGCCGAAUAGUCGAUCUGUACGCUCGUCCGAACCUCGGCAAUGUGCACUUGCGCCAAUAAUUCUUCGUCUGCGGCCCGUCCCGGCCCGGCCAGAACGACGGUCCGACAAGUGAAACGGCUGAGCCGGGACAGAAAAUCCGUUUCCGACCCGUUGAUCGAAACGUUAUUACCUUACCCGCCUUGUAUACACUCAUAUGAUAAAUAAUUUAUAUAAAUAUACCGUCGUAUAAUAUUAUUUGCUUAGCGGAUUUUGACGUGAAACUGUUUUUCGGCGUUUACAGGGGUUAUAGGACUGACCAAGCCGGUGCCUCCACCAAAACCGGCGAAAAGUCCACAAAACUAUCAACCGCAGCCGACGACGACGACGACGACUUCGACGACAACGACGCCCGGGCCACCGCCGUAUAGGAUGCCUCCGUAUCCGUUAUACAAUGAAUCCACACCGUUGCCCGGGACCAGCAACAAAAUCCACACGCAUUCUAGUAAAUUUCCGGUGAGCUAAACAGUUUAAUAUUAUCUUUGUAAUUUAUUUAGUACGAAAUGUACAGUUUGUUUGUUGUUUUUUUUUUCAUCAUGGGAACACGGUAAUAGACAUGGUACGUGGGAAUCAUUCCCAGGUAUAGUUCGGGGAAAGUUUCCACGCAAUAUAAUAUUAUACUCGUAUUCUUGCGUAUACAUACACAUGAUUGGUGAAAGAUUACAAUAUUACUAUUACGGUACACGAGAAUGUUGACGUGACAAAAAUAUGACGAUUAAUAUGCGAAAUUUCAUUAAAAUUACAUUUUUUUUUUUUUUUUAAUAUUUCUACUAUUAAGGAAUUGAAAAGUAUCAUAACUCUUUAGACAAAGUUUGCGACGUUUGUUUGACAUACAAAUACAAUUUCUGAGAACGUGUUAAAAUAAACCUAUAUGCAGUACAAAUAUAGUAUACACUAAUAAGCUGCAGUAUCUACGCACUUGUUUCGUUAGAAUUCGUUUAAAAGCCUAACAACCAAUUAAACCGUAUUCAAGUUAUCAAGGUUUACAUAAAAAACCAUCACGCCAUAUGAAGAAAAAAAAAAAUCUAAUCUCGUCUAAUUAAAAGAAAAUAUCAUUUAACGUGUAAUUAUAUAUCUCAGAAUAUUAAAUUUAAACGUAAUUAUGUUCUAUAGAUCGAAAGAGAAGUGAUUCUCAGCAAUGUCGACAAGAAUUUAAAAAUACCUAUACUGAACGAGUAUAAAAAAAAACCAAAAUCCGUUGCACCUGAUAUGCCAAAUGUACAAAUCGCGUGGUCUGAGCAAUCUUCAAAUGCAGUAGGUUUACUGUAAUAUUAAUUAAUUGAAAUGGUCCAAAUUAAUUUAAAUUUAAUUUAUACUUAUUUUUGUUUAGAACAAUGUUCCUCAAAACAUUAAUCAAUAUCAUACACCACAUCAUUAUGUUAUGGUAAAAGACAAUGUUCAAAAUCAUCAGUAUGUUUAUAAGGUAUUUAAACAUUUACAAAAAUUUGCCUAUCUACUUAUUAUUAUGUUGUAUAAUAAUUUAUUAAUCAAAAAAUAACAUUAUUACGAUAAUAUUUUAUAGGCUGAACCUAUAAAGCCUUUGGAUCCCCCAACAGAAUUAUCGCCAAUAUUUAGAGAUGAUUCUAAUGGAUUUCCACAGUGAGAUUUUAAUUUUUAAUUUUUUUAUAAAAAUAUUACACUGUUUAUUUUGUCAGGUAAAAACUUUGACAUUUUUUUUUUUAGACGUGCUGAGACUUACGGAGCUGGACCAUCACAUUCCACGCCUGAAGACCCAAAUAAUUCCAAAAAAUUUUCAUCUCGUAUUAAAGAUAUGAUAACGACUAGAUUCACAAAAUCUAAAAAUGACCAAGUACCAGAGACAAGUUUGAACAAUGCAGAAAAUCCCACACCGACCCCUGUAAAAUUAGAUGACCCAACAUUGAGUCCGCACAGCCAACUAAUCCAACAUGGUGUGUAUUUAGCAGUAAAUAAUCAAAUGCAAAAUUUAGCACUCAAUGUGCCCAACCAAAAUGUUUACCAAACACCAGAACAAUGUAGGGCAAAUCCCGGUCCGUCAAGAACAUAUGAUAGGCCCCAUACAAUACAAACUAACAGGGUGAUUGACAUGAGAAAAUCAGAGCCUCUGAGUUACAGUGAUGCGCACAGAACAAAUUAUGAAGUCAGAGUACAAUCUAACUACGGACAAAUCAAUCAAAGUCCAUUAUAUGUAAAAAAGCGACUUCCAGCUCCCACACAACCACAAGAAUGUUUUAAAACACCGUUGCCGGUUAAGGGUCAAGAGACGAUAGCGCCUUUCCCGAGAUCAAAAUCCAACGAUAAUCUUGUCGAGACAAAUAUCCAAACCAAUGUGCAAUAUUCAAGUGAUAGAUACCUUGGUCGAAAAAUUUGUAAACGCGAUGAUUUUAAAUCUCAACCGAGUUCUUUGGAUGACGUUGAUAAACUCGAAGAACAAAGAGCUGCUAGUGGCCCAAUAAGCGGGGCUAGCUCAGACGGACGAUUGGGGAGUGGUGGUCAAUCGGAUUCUGGACGAGGUAGUACUGUUUACAGCAGUGGUAAAGCUCAGAAUUCUACAACUAGUCCCGAAUCGUCAUCUGAAAUACAAACAAACCAAGGUGUGUAAAUUAUAUUGUUUUCUAUACAAUAUUAUUUGUGCUGACGAUAAAUUUUUAUUUAAUUUGUUAAGUAUGAUUACAAAUUUCUCUAUUUAAAAGCCUAUAAAAAGUCUUUUGUGGAAAAUUGUAAAAGUUAGUUCAUUGUUUUAUAGGAAAAAAAGGUCAAAGUGAAUGGAUGGACUAUGUAGAUACCGAGUUACGACAAAUUCUCGAUCCAUCCAAAGUCAGUGUGCCAUCAACUUUAAGUGACAGCGUAUCUUCAGUAACUCCACCUUUACCGCCGUUAUCUCCCGAUGGAUCAUCUGAUGAUAUGCAAACACCCGCUCAUAAACAGUAAGAUUUUUGAACAUUAUAUUUUAACAACGAAUUCAAGGUUUGUAUAUAAAUUAGUAUUUAUUUACAGUAGAACUGAGUAUUCAGUAAAAUCUAGAGGCCAAGCAUCAAAUCAACGAACCACGUGGUCAAACAGAACACCAAAGGAAAAAUCACAUAGGCAAACCAAUUCUACUAAAAGACCAGACUUAAAAAGAAUACUUCUGUGUAAGUAUAAUUAAAAAAAUAAAAAUAAAAAUAAAUAAAUCAAUUAAGUUGUAACUUUAACAAAAAAAGAAACUCAUAUUUAUAAUGUGUGAAUUCAGCAAGCAGUGUUGGUGACAUGGACUCCAUGUUUGACGAAGAAGCAAGUAGUGACGAUGAAACCGUCAACAGUGAUGUCCGUACAAUAAGGAAACAGCUGGAAGGAUUAGAAACCAUGUAUUCUGAGGUUUGUAAUUGAUAUUUAUUUUUCACCCCAAUUGUCGUUUUAACCAUUAUCCACGUGUACAGGUACUCAAAUUACUUGGAGUUCGGAAAUCUGGGGGCGGGCCUAGAUAUCAACCGUCAGAUCCUAGAGUUCACCGGCGACGAAUGUAUGGCAGUAUGUCUUCAAUUCCGUCGUCUGUUAGCAGUAGACCUUAUCGCGAGAGACACCGAAGGUCAACGGACGACAGAAAAAAAUCUGUCAAAGACAUUAAAGUAAGUUUUAAGUAUUAAAUUUCAAAAAAAAAGAACAUACUUCGCACGUGGGUGUAGCCACUGUUGUAGGUGAGAAGUUGGGAAGUAAUAGAGACAUUUAAUGUAUAUCUGUAAGCAACGAUAAACCAUUGUUAACGAAAAAAUGAUUCUGAGCGGAGUUCGGUUGAUAGUGUUUCUUUGUCAACAGUAUAUAUGUCAUACUGUGAUAAAAUAAUUAAAUAGGCAUUAAAUAUUUUCUGUAACAAUAUUUGAUUAAUAUUGUACCGAUUUUCCCAUUUAUUGAAAAAUCUCCGAAAAAAUCAAAAAUGACCUCCUUAAAGUAUCUUCAUGAUCCGAUUUCACUCAGAAAAAGUGCUUCACUUAAAAAUAAAUACUUAAUAAUUUCGAAACUUAAUCCUUUUAAUUCUGACUUCACCGUCGUUAUUAAAUCGGCAAUAUGCAUAUUUUCAAAAAAAAAAAAAUUUAAUUUGUUCAACAUAUUUUUUUACUCAAAUGAUUUUCGUGAAAAAUUGAUAUUAAAAUUCUUUUAAAAAAAAAAAAUACUAAUUAAACUCAGACAUUACUCAGUACCUACCGAAUAAAAAUUACGUACAAACUCAUAAAAUUCAAAUGGCUAUAAAUAGCUUAAGAAUAGUUUAAAAUUGUUGUAAAUUGUACCUCGUCUAAAAAAAGUAUUUACUUUUUUUAAUAUAAAUAUAAGUUUACUGUUCAAAUUUCAUGUCUAUAACGUCGAUACGAAUAUUUUUAACUGAAUUUUAACAAAAAUAUUAAACAUUUUAUACAUAUCUUUAAAAUGGCUCAAAUGUUUUGAAAAUUUACCGGAAGAAUCAAAAAAUUACCUCCCUAUAGUACCACUCUAAGAAAACUCAGAAGAGGGUCUACACCAAAUACAUCGGAAGAAGAUUUCUGGUAGAAUUUGUGUACACAGUAUAAAAAAAAUAAACAUCUUUAUAAAACCAAUACAUUCUUCUCUACACUCAGAAUCUAAAAUAUAAAAUUCACUAUACUUUAAUUAAUCUUCAUAUACGAUUCCCACACCCGAUGUAAGAAAAAAGAAAAGAAUAAUGUAUUAUUUAAUUAUUUUUAACUACCUACAUAUACGUAUUCAGUCUCAAACAAUAUUUUUUUGACAUUGUUUACAUUAACAGUAUUGAAAUAAUAAUAAUUUUUUUUCAAGUAUUUAGGUAAUAAUUUUUAUUUUUAUAAAUUAAUUAAAAUAUGUGAUACUUUGCUUUACCUAAACAAAUAUUUAAAUAUUUAAGAAUAUAUAAUAUAUAUUUUUACAGGGAAUUAAUAAACGUUUUCAACGUCUGGAAUCUCAUGUAGUCACCCUAGCGAGAAGUGUAGCACACCUUUCAUCAGAAAUGAGGACUCAACACCUAAUGAUUCAAGAGAUGGAAGUUAUUCGAAAUGAACUUUCCGCAUUGAGAACACAGACGAAUAUGUUGUCCAUACGUUCACAUUCAGUUCCCCGGGUCCUCCAAUCACUCUGUGCGGAACAGACCAACUCGAGCCCGAAUAAAGUGAAGAAGUUGACCAAAUUUUUUGGUGAUGAGCCACCACUUUUAAGACUGUUCCUCAAGAAAUUAGGCUAUGAGGUAAUGAUAUUCAAACUUUACUUUUAUGAUAAAAAUAACUAUAAGAACACUAUUUUUAGAAUAAAAAUAACUAUAUGAACACAUUUUUUAGAUGUGAAUCAAACAUACUUACUUACAUGACAUUUCGUUGCUUUUUUUUCAGAAAUAUGCCGCGGCAUUCGAGAAAGAGAAAAUCGGUUUGGUAGAAUUACCGUAUAUGAGUGAGGAAAGAAUGCACAAAAUCGGAAUACCGAUGGGCCCGAGGUUGAGAAUAAUGCAGGAAGCACAAUUAGGUUUCCCUGGAAUGCAUGAGAAUACAUUAGCCAUCGUGUGAAUAUUGUUCGCGGCACGACUGAAUGUUGGCCGAUUAAAAAAAUAUAAUUUAUGUUAUGCCAUUAAGUGUUACGUGUAAAUAAAAUCUUAUCAAUAAAUGUUUUUAAAAUAAAUAUAAAUAUAUUGAAUAAGUAUUGUUUAAUAGUUUUCGUUUUUAUUACAUCCCUUAUCAGUUACACAUACUUUUUCCAAUUUAUAAAAAUGUAUA